AAGAAUUAUAUGAAGAUGAAUCAAAUUCAGAUGAUUUAUACAUAGACAAAGCAUACCAAUAUGAAUUAUAUUUAAAUGAGUCAUCUCAAGCUAAAUUAUACUCGGAUGAAUACCCUGAUGAAUGCUUUGACAAACACUCUAAAGAACUCCCUGAAGAACUCUCUGAAGAACCCCUUAAAAAACAUUCUGAUGAAUGCACUAGUAAGUCAAAUCAAGAUAAAACAAGCCAAAAUAAACUGUGUUCUAAUGAAUCUACAAAGUAUGUAAAAUCUUAG